UUGUUGUUCUCGAAGUCUCUUCAAAACCCAUCAGCCAACAAAACUCCUCCUUUUUUUCUUUCAAUUCCUGUUGCUUGGAAACCCUAGUUUCUUGAAAUCGAACCAAGAUCAUUCCUUUUUGAUUUGGAAAGAAAUGGUUUUGAUCGAGCAGGAACCCGAUGAUGCCAAUGAACAAUCUCGGAGCAGUCCGUCAACGGGAGCUGCCGCCGUUCCUGAUGCCGAUUCUAGCGAUGAGGAACCCUUCGAGGAUGCCCUAAACGAAGAGCAAUUGCUGGAGAAAGCUCGGAAUCAAGUAAAUGAUGCUAAGAUUGAAGGGAAUAGGCUGUUUGGGAGUGAUCAGUAUGAGGAUGCAUUGUCAAAAUAUGAACUUGCGUUACAACUUGCUUCGGAAGGGCCUGAUUCUGAAGAAAUUCGUUCUAUGUGCCAUGCUAAUCGUGCCAUAUGUUUCCUGAAAUUGCAAAAAUAUGAUGAUACAAUCAAAGAGUGUACUAAGGCACUGGAGCUGAAUCCUUCUUAUGUAAAAGCGUUACUUAGAAGAGCGGAGGCACAUGAAAAGCUAGAUCACUUAGAAGAGGCUAUUGCUGAUAUGAAAAAAAUCAUGGAACUGGACCCUUCGAAUGACCAGGCUAGAAGGACGAUACAAAGAUUAGAGCCAAUACUUGCUGAGAAAAGAGAAAAGAUGAAGGAAGAGAUGAUUGGAAAAUUAAAGGAGAUGGGAAAUUCCGUGUUGGGUCGAUUUGGGAUGAGUGUCGACAACUUCAAAGCUGUGAAAGAUCCUAACACAGGUUCAUACUCCAUCUCUUUUCAGCGGUAGUCAUCUUCAAGUCUAGCAAGAAGCAGAAUAAAUAUUAUGUCCUUAAGUGAUGCAUGCUGGGAAAAUUAUAUAAUGUUUGGCUGAUAUCAUAUUUUUUGAGUCAGCAGACAUUGUCAGCUAUAUAUAUGUAUCACACAAAGUUGGGUUUUGGUUUGAAGUUGCUUGGUUGGUGACCCGGUUCCAAAUAUAGCAUGGUUUUUCGUAUGUUAAUUCAUAUUGCUCAAAUGAUUCGUGGAAUCUUAUUUCUUUGUUUGUUUUUUGUUUUUUGUUUUAAUAUUAUUCAGCUUUGCUGAUUAAUGUUUGAUUUACUUUACUCUCAAGUGA